AUGACCUCUGCCCGAUCGAGAGUUAGCGGUGAAAGUGAAAUGCCACCGACUGCCGGAACAGUCUCAGAAGCUCGAUAUGCGUUAGCAUUUGAGUCACAACAAAGACAAAGAAAUCGUCCCAGUAUUGAAGGAAAGGAACGGGUCAGCAUAAAGUACUAUGCGGACGCAAGCAUGCCUAUGGCUGGACGCUUCAUUAUCAUUCUGUUAAUAUUCGGUGUCGCAGCGCAUCUUUUUCUAAGCGGUGAUUUAUCGUUUAUCAGUGAUUAUCAUAUUUGGAGGCCAAUAGUUGAAAGCAAUAGGCAAGAAAUCAUCCCUGUGAAUGAUAUCAACAGUAGUAAUGAUCAAAAUUUCAUGAAAAUUCUAUCGGAUGAAAGAAAAUCUAAUUUGACUAAUAUUACUCGAAUUGAUAAUUCAAUCAAUAUUUCUUCAAAAUUUUAUAAUCCCUCUGCAAAUGGUUUACUGAGCGGUGAACUGACUAAUGUUUACUCGACAAUUGAAAAUUCUCUCGCCACUGGUUCAAUAAAUAAGCCAACAAAAACAUUUACAAAGAAUGUCAACUUUUCGAUCAUUGAUAGGAAUAUCCAUAACACAGUGUUAAACAUUUCUGCAGGUGCGCAAUCUAGCAGACGAUUAUUUGGUAACAGAACACUACUGAAAUGUAAGAUUACUCCGGACUUGCAAAUGGUACGACAAAAUUUUAGUUUGGCGAAUUGUUCUGCAACACCACCUGGUUUGGUUGGUCCAAUAAAAGUAUGGUAUGAUGAACCAUCAUUUGAAGAAAUUGAACGAUUGAACUCAAAUUUAGAACCUGGUGGACAUGGAAAACCUAACAGUUGCCAAUCCAGACACAGGGUAGCUAUUGUCGUGCCUUACAGAGAUCGAGAAGCGCACUUACGUAUUCUGUUGCACAAUCUUCAUUCACUGCUUACUAAGCAACAACUUGAUUAUGCGAUUUUUGUGGUUGAGCAACAUGAGAAUGAAACAUUCAAUCGUGCUAAGCUAAUGAAUGUUGGAUAUGUGGAAGCAAUGAAAGUUUACGAUUGGCAGUGCUUCGUAUUUCACGAUGUUGAUUUGUUGGCAGAGGAUGAUCGUAACAUUUAUUCCUGUCCCGAUCAGCCAAGACAUAUGAGUGUUGCAGUCAACAAAUUUCAAUAUAAAUUACCUUACGGAUCAAUAUUUGGAGGUGUUUGUGCUAUUAAAACUGAACAGUUCGUAAAAAUAAAUGGCUUUUCGAACAGUUAUUGGGGAUGGGGUGGCGAAGAUGAUGAUCUCUCAAUGCGAGUAACUUCUGUUGGCUAUAAAAUUAUGCGUUAUCCGUUGGAAAUUGCUCGUUAUCAAAUGAUUACGCAUAAAUCAGAGGCAAAAAAUCCCAUCAAUAAAUGUCGAUAUGAUUUAUUAGCCAAAACAACACUGCGGCAACAAACGGAUGGUAUUUCAUCAUUAAAAUAUGAAUGUUACGAUUUGCGUUUUUUGCCGCUGUUUACACAUAUCAAAGUAAAAUUAUUGGAACAGGAAUCGAAGAUGCAGUUACGGGAAGAAGGUUUCACGAAAUGCUAA